CUUCACUCACCUCUGCCUCAUCCUCUUUGCUGCGCUCCUGUCUGGCACAUUCGACUCGGCUUUUGACGUCUGCAGCGAGACGACGUCUUUCGCGGCACCGCAAUUGCUGAAAGAGGAUCGCCCAGCAUGUCCGGCGUGCUGAACACCGCACGGCUGUCCGCACGCAUGGCGGGCAGAUAUGCUUCGCGGCAAGCAACGAGAAGGAGCUUCCAUGUCUCUCAGCGCGACGCAGCGGCACAGAACUACUCCAUGCCUGCUCUCUCACCGACCAUGACCGAGGGCAACAUUUCUAAGUGGAACAUCAAAGAGGGAGAUUCGUUCACAGCUGGAGAUGUUAUUCUGGAGAUUGAAACGGAUAAGGCUACGAUGGACGUCGAAGCGCAAGACGAUGGAGUGCUGUUUAAGAUUGUCAAGGCGGAGGGCAGCAAAGGUGUCAAGGUUGGAGAGAGGAUAGCAGUGACCGCAGAACCGGACGACGACCUGAAGUCAUUGGAAGUGCCAGCUGAAGAAGGCGGGGCGCAACAGAAAGCGGAGAGCAAGCAAGAGAAACCUGCACCGAAACAGGAGUCUAGACCUGCAGAGGCCGCGGAAACGAGCGAUGCGCCCGUUGCGACGCAACGCGCAGGGCAAGAGGGCAAGAAGACUGGUGCACCGGCGACGAGAAAGUACCCAUUGUAUCCUUCAGUGGAGACACUGCUCCAGCAAAACGGUCUGUCAGCGAAGGACGCGGAGAACAUCACAGCCACUGGACCCAGCGGCAGGCUGCUGAAGGGAGACGUUCUUGCAUACUUGGGUAAGAUCAACAAGGACUACCCAGCGGAGGCUUCCAAGCGGCUCGCGAAGCUGGCGCAUUUGGAUUUGAGCAACAUUCAGCUUGCAAAGAAGGCUGAGGUGAAGCCGGAUACGAAGCCUGCGGAGAAGGCUGUACCACAAUUGCCAAAGGAGACCGAGAUUGCGGUUCCUAUCUCGCUCUCACAAGUGAUCGCGACCCAGAAGAAGAUCAGAGAUACAUUGGACAUUCACCUGCCGCUUUCUACAUUCAUCGCCCGGGCUUCGGAACUUGCCAACGAGGACUUGCCGCUGGACAAGCGACGAAAGCCUACCGCAGAUGAGCUUUUCAACUCAAUUCUUGGUCUUGAUCAAGUGGCAGUCUCGAAGAGGGGCAACUUCUUCCCUCAGAUCACUGGUCUUAGCACACCCUCAUUGAUGAAGACGAAGCCGACGAAGCAGGCGGACAUCAUCGAUAUUUUGGCGCCAAAGAAGAAGCCUGCAGCGGUUCCUGCAUCCAUCCCUGCUGGCAUCUCCGCUAAAGACAACAUCUUUUCUGUCGUCGCUCAGGAUGGGGAGGAAGAGAGGGCGACAGAGUAUCUGGAGCGAAUGAAGUUGGUGCUCGAGAAGGAGCCUGGCCGACUUGUGUUGUAGUAGCGUCAUGAUUGCGAUCGUCCUAAGAAUUGCAUAGAGAGCGAGGCGUUCUGGCAGGUCUGAAGAGGGAGCGUGUACGAUAGAGAGCUCGCCUUGACAGGAUGGGCUACCUCCUACUCUUUCAGCUAGAUGUGUAUAGCAUGAUUUCAUACUGGGCUGACACCCAUUGAGCUCACUAUUAGGCGCAUUAGCAUAGUCCGUUUCCUGAUGUUGCACGUCCAUAUUCUUUUGACUCACGAC